UCGACUCGGAGACGGCGGAGGAUUAAGUUUUGAUCCAAGGAUUAAGCGGAUCAUGCGCCAAGCGGCAGGACGAUCAAAUCGAUCGCCUGUACAUCAUCCCCGAUCAUCCCCAAUUACAAUCCCAACAACAUCACCCGUUUAUCAUCAGCAACAACAACAAAUUCUGUAUGCUCCCGUCAGUAACUCAAUGGUGACUCUUCAGCCAUGUGCAACAGCACUUUAUCCCUCGUGCGUUUAUCCGAACGUUCAACCCCACGCUGUUUCAUCGAAUUCCGUCCCUUUACAUCUUCAAGGUAAGAAUAAUCGAUGGCACUCGAAGAACAAGCCGUCGCGCGGCCAACAACACUACCAACAGCAGCAACAGCAACAGCAACUCUCAUACAACCCGAAACCCGUGGUGCUUUACGAUCAACCGUCUUCUAGCAUCGCAUCGAUUCCUCCGUCAACCGCGUCUUUCCUGGUGGCCUCUUCGACUUUUGCUCACGCUGGACCGUUAUCCAGUGAGCACUGCAGCAACAAUUCCGGAGUGACGCAUUUGUUACAGCAGCCCUUCGGCUUCAAGCCGCCGGAUGUGCAGACCUUCUGCCUCAUUCACGAUCGACAAAACGCUCAGCAGCAGCAGCAACGUCCGAUGCAGGCUUCCUACUAUAAUAUCUCGGCCACGAACACCUGCAGUCUACAAGCCGUCAACGCCAACUCGUCCUUCCCGCUUCCCAAUCUCAGUCCUUACACCGGCCUAGCCGCCUUCGGCAACAAUCAGUUCCCUUCGUCGGUGCAGUCCUCUCAGCUCUUCUCGAAUCCGCCCGUCGGUCUCGUGCUCGCUCCGUCGCGCGCAGACAAGCCUUCGCUGUUGUCCACGUUGGAAUUUCCGCCGUUCAAGCAUAACGCGAGCAAGAUAUCGAAUUCUCGCGAGCCUCGAGUGGCUCCUACCGGUCGCAGCGAGAACGGCUGGCCGUCUCAGAUCGAAUUAGCCUCCAAACGUUCGUACGAGGUGCAAGAAGUCGCGAGUAAUAGCAAAAAUCCCGAGUCUGCCGAUUGUGCUUUGCAGAAGCCUAUUCCCGUCGCUACGAAGACCGAGGAGGAACAUUAUUCCGACGAAUCGUCGACCAGCUUCGAUUUCACCAUUGAAGCUGAAAAAAUGGUCUCGGCUCUGUGCAAUACUACGUCCUCGAACGAUUUGGGCAAGGAGGAGUCGAAAGCCGGUAACAAAGCUGAUUCUGCGCCGUUGUUUAGCGGCGCGGGCGACAACGUGUCUAACAAGACGAGUUGGUUUACUGAUUUUUGCUCCGAGUACGAAAACGGAACGUCGAUAGGCGUCCAAACGGACAGUUCAUGCGUCGACAGAUCGCAAUAUCCGGAGCUGAUCCGGAAAACAGCUUACUGGGGUUGCACGGAGGCUGAGACCGUUCUCGCUUCCGACGCUUCGCAACUGGACUCCAGACGAAGCUGGUUAACGUGUCUGUCAGCCGCUACGAGAAUGGCAAUCACAAAGUCUACAACUUGCAUCCCGGUGUUUGCGGGAGACCGAGUUUUCACCAGCGAUCUCAUUAACGCUCUAUUGCGAAUUAGCAACGGUUGGCUGAGCCUCGACAAUUACCUGAACAAGCAACAUCUUUCUAAUUUGCUAGACAGACUGGAUCCCGAAUUAAUCACGUGCUUUCAUACCUGGGAAGAAAAUACGUACGAGCUGCUGCGGCAAAUAGUGCGAACGUUUCAGAAAUUCGGAGAAAACAACGAAGCGACGAAUCAGAGGCGCAACGCAACCUGCGGAUCGUCCUCAUUUCCGGGCGACGUGUCGCUUUACACAAACUAUGAUCUUUUUACUCAGCUGCCUUCGAGCUCUUUCUCUCAGCGAAACGCGACUGGAAAAUUGUCCCCGCAGGAAAAUUCACACAACUCAACAUCCGCGCCUUUGUCGACAAGCAACCCGCGUAAUGUUUCAUACAAUUCUCAGCAAGAGCAGCAAGCGGCGAAUCAAAAGGAAAGUAAAUUACGAAGCAGAUGGACGAUCACCGAAAAUCUGUCGUCCGCGAUCAACACCGCGAAGUCCGUGCCUAACGUUUCCACGUGCCACACCGAUGUCGGCAGUAAGCUCCGUACGAAAGACGCAUUGUCGUGCAGAAAGUUUGAUUCCACUCAAAAAUCGUUGAACGCCGAAUUCUUUCAGCUGAGAAGCAAGGUGAUGGAAAGCAACGUGGAUGCGAAAGAUAGAAGACAUGAUUGUUUGUUGGAAAAUAAAUUUCCAGUGUCGCACGACAAUACGGAAUGCAGACUGCAUAAUCCGGCGAUAAACAACGCCAUAAAUUACAGCGGACUCUAUGCGCAGAAUUGUUUGUCCUUCGCGUUUCCAGUUUCUGGUCACUCGAGCUCCUCGCAUCCCGCGUCCGCUCCGGGAAUUUUAACAUACGGAGGCUAUCCGUCUUCAAGUUCUUAUCCUAUUGCCGAUAUCAAUACGAGAAGCGGCCGAAAUUGCGAACAAAUUUACGGAGCUAAAAGCGCAAACGUCAAUCCGGUUUACGUCGGCAGAUCGCAGACGGAUCAGAUAGAACUGCCGGCUGUUCCAAGAAACAAGGUGACCUUAUUAAGUCAGAUCGAGCCUAGGACAUUUGACAAGGAAUCCGAGGAGAUGGCGGCCAACCUGUCGGCCUGGUUCGCCAGCAUGCGAAACGCGCAGAUUCCAAUGACUGUGCAGACUUUCGAGGAGUCGAGAAUGAAUGAGAGUUCAGCGCCGCGAUUGUUCGCUCAGCAAGAGAUGUCGAAACACUCGACGCCUAAGCAGCCGCAGAUCGACGCAAAUCGACAGUUUCAGGCGCUGCAGAAUUUACCGAACAUUCAAAGCACACCUUGGGCCGCCGGCAACUUCGCCAGCAAUCGUUUCCAAGUGCAACAAGCGCCGGAAGAGUACGACAGCUCCGAGGACGUGCGGGUGUACAUGAAACCGGGAAGCUACAACGUGCCGAAGAAGCGGCACCAGAGACGGCCGAAUCGCCGAUCGGACGGUAACGCGACGUCUCGCAACGCGCACGCGAGCAAUCAUCACAAUAAAGGGAAGAGCGUAUCGAUGCCUGCAUCGUCGACGCCUCUGCCACAUGCGAGCGCAUCGAUCACUAAUAUCAAUAACGCUACGCUGAUAAAGACUUCGUUUCCGCCGGCUUCGCAAUUGCCGGCGCCUUUAUUUAAUCUUGAGAAUUCGCCGAGAAUUCUGAAGCGCGCGGAAUCUCUGUCGCAGAUUGCUUAUCAGGAUGUCACUUGGAAGGCAGCGUGCGCCUCGGCCGAGAUACUUCUUGAAGCACUUAACGUAAAGGAUUGUGGCAACGCGUCCAAGAAGAUCGAUUGCAACGACAGUAUUGGAAAAGAUAAUAAGAGCGAAGAGAAUGUUGAAAUAUUACCGACGACGUCAGAGCAGAUCGAUCCGAAGCCGAUAAAGCGCGACGACGCCGAUCGUGUCUCGUCCUACGAAGCCUCGGAAGAUGACUCGGAGUCAACUUGCAAAUUGUCGCCUAACACGAGUGUCAUAUCUGUAUCUCAAUUGCGUGAGGAUGAGAAUGGUAAAGAUAUCACUCUCAGUAUCAAGACGAACGUGAAAACGGAUUCCUGGCUGAUAAGAACUCUCAAUAACGCGAGUAUCGUGAGUAAACAGAAGCGACGCGAGGACGACGUAGAUCGACGAAGUUCGGAAUCCUCAAAUAAUUCGGAUAUCGCCGACGCGAAACCGAAUCAUCUCGAAUCGUCAAUUGCGGAUCCUGACGCAAGAGCGCCUAUGGCGAUAAUCGAUAGCGAAUAUCCAGCAAUCUUCUCUCGCGAGCACAUCUCUGGUUCUUUUUCGAAAAACGACGAAGCGUUAACGAAAGAAUUGGAAAGUCACAUUGGAAGAGCUACGUACUCUGAAACGGUACGAAGAUCCAUGAAAUCAAACAAUGCGGUUUCGGAAAAGAAAGAGUCGCACAAAUCAAGCGCUACGAAUUCAUCGACCGUACCAAUUGCUGGCCGCAAAUGUCAGAAGAAGGAUCCCGAACAAUCUUAUCAGCUUUUACAUAAAUCACGGAGGUCGGCCGAGAAGAAAGCGGUGAAAAAUGCGGACGAUCUUCAAUUGCAGGAAGAAUCGUGCGCGAAAAUCAGCGAUGCCAAGUCGAACAAUGUAACGCCGAAACUGUCAACUGCACUGAAGACGCACGGGAAAAGAGAUUUGGAACACACGGAGGUUAAAUGCGCCGGUAAAUCCGCCGAUCGCGGCUGGUCGGUGUGGUACAGUUCCAGGAGAAAACAGAUUCUCAGCCCUUUGGCAUUCAGCAAGCUAGAAACGAUUCAUCAAACUGUCUGCCAAAUGGACGAAGCAAAGAUCUUCAAGCGUCUACCUUCGUCUGAAAAAGACAGUGAAUUUUCAUCCGCAGGAAUAGUGGAGGAUUAUUGUCCAAUGUUUCUCGAGAUCAUCGAGAACAAGCUAAAGAACCGGAUUUAUCACAAAGUCGAACACGCCGUAAAAGAUUUCCGUCGCGUCCUUCACAAUGCCAGAUUAUAUCAUCAGCACGAUGAUGAGCGAAUAAAGAAAAUUGAAGUCCUCUCAAAGAAGCUGGAAGACUUAUUCGAGGAACAUUUCGGCAAUUGGGAUCUGGACAAUAUAACCGGAAGUUCUAGAGAAGAUUCGCCUGUGCAUCUGCGAUUUAAGACACUUGGACAGAAAUCGAUUGGAGGACGUUGCGAUAACACGAAGAAGGGCGCAUCUUCGUUGACUAUCGCGGAGAAUUCUUCGAUCCACUAACAUAUUGCUUUUCAUCGAAAUGAAAACUCCAAAUCAACUGAUCAAUCCAUUGUGUAUUUUACUAACAAAACCAUUAUUGCAUCGACAAGACUGUAUGUAAUUAUCUUUUCUAGUCACGCGAGCUAUUUUGUACGAUUAAUAAUAUCGUAGGUGUUUUUUUUUUUAUUUUUUCGAUACUACUGUCCGAUGACUGAGUAAACUCUUCGUUGAAUUUCCCUAUCUCGAAUUUUGCAAAGCAAUAGAAUUCCAGACGAGUUCAUUAAUUUUGAAAAGUGCGCACGUAUAUUUUGCACUGGCAACUAUUCUAAUCUCAUAGCGAUACCUUUACGAGAAAAACUGUAUUAAACGCGAACGAGCAUCGGCUGACAUUCAAACUAUUUUUAUAGAAAAAAAAAUGAAGAUAGAAGCAUCAGCGAUAAUGUAAUUUCCACGUUUAUUGUUACGGCUAAUUACUAGUGAAAUAUUUCGAUCUUUUAACUUCGGUACUCUUGUUGAGGUGUCGUUAGAUCAAAGUGAUAUGAAUCAUGAAAUAUAUUACACUGAUCAAAAUCUAUUAUUGUUGUUCGAUUAUACUUUGAUUCGUU